AUGUCAGGUUUAGACGUUGAGGCUCUCCUCGACUCUACAGCCAACGCCAGCGCGGCGGAGUCUAGGGACACGCCCCGCUCCACUGACAACGAUGACCGCCUCAAGAACGAGAGAAGCGAGCGCCGCGAGCGCGACCGUGCCAGAGACGGGUCCCGCGAACGUGAUCGCAAGCGCCGUGACCGCAGCCGCGAUCGCCCCCGUCGCGACCUGGAUGACGAUGUUGAGAUGCGGAGCCCGAGAAGCGACAGGGGCAGCGCCACCGGCAGCCUGAGGAGCAGGCGCCGCAGCAGAAGCCGCGACUCUGACAGACGCCACCGUCGUGCCCGAGACUCGAUUGACCGUGACGACAGCUACCGCUCCGGCGGCGACUACUACCGUGGCAGCGGCCGUGCCCGCUCGAGAUCCCGUUCGCCCUACCCCGACGAUGAUAGGCACUACCGUCCCUCUGGACGCUCCGGCCGCCGCGAUGACGACCGUGAACGCGACCGCGACCGUGAACGUGAACGUGACCGUGGUCGCGACCGUGAAAGGGACCGUGGCUACGCUGGUGCCCGCGGUGGACGCCGCCGCUCCCCUUCAGCCAAGCGCUCCUCCAGCCCGCCCCUGACCGAGGAUGAACGUGACCGUCGUACUGUUUUCGUCCAGCAGCUUGCAGCUCGUUUGAGGACCAAGGAUCUAAUUGCUUUCUUCGAGAAGGUUGGCCCCGUCAAGGAGGCGCAGAUCGUGAAGGAUCGUGUCAGUGGCCGCUCCAAGGGAGUCGGAUACGUCGAGUUCAAGAACGAGGAGUCUGUCCCGCAAGCCAUUCAGCUCACCGGCCAGAAACUAAUGGGUAUUCCCAUCAUCGCCCAGCUCACGGAAGCUGAGAAGAACCGUCAAGCCCGCACUGGAGAUGGAAACAGUGGCAACAACAAUGGCGUACCCUUCCACAGGUUGUAUGUCGGCAACAUUCACUUCAGUAUCACUGAGAGCGACUUGCAGAAUGUGUUUGAGCCCUUCGGAGAGUUGGAAUUCGUGCAACUGCAGAAGGAGGACACCGGUCGUAGCCGUGGCUAUGGCUUCGUGCAGUUCCGCGAUCCCGCUCAGGCUAAGGAAGCUCUUGAGAAGAUGAACGGUUUCGACUUGGCUGGACGUCCCAUCCGUGUUGGCUUGGGCAACGAUAAGUUCACUCCCGAGUCUACCGCCAAUCUUCUUCAGCGCUUCAACGGCCAAGGCCAACCCAAUUUCCAGGGUUCUGCUUUCUCGGGCUCUGGUGGCCGUGGCGCUCAUGCCGGAGGUUCCGGUGGCACUUUCGACCGUGCUGGAGGCCGUGACAACGACAAGGGUGCCGGUGGCGCCAGCGCGCUUGACGAUACUGAUGUUGCGGGCGUAAACUUCAACAACUACAGCAGGGAUGCCCUCAUGAGGAAGCUUGCGCGUACUGACGAACCUGCUGAUACCAAUGGUGCCGACAAACAGAAGAUUAUCAAGCCCGCCGUGCAGGCGGCUCGCCCUCUCCCGGUCACCGUCAACCAGGCUAGCCGCUGCGUCGUGCUGAAGAACAUGUUCGAUCCCGAAGAGGAAGAGGGAGAGUCCUGGAUGAGGGAGCUCGAGGAUGACGUCAAAGAGGAGUGCCAGAACAAGUAUGGCACGGUCGUUCACAUUGCUCUAGAUCCAAACACCCAAGGCGACAUCUACGUCAAGUUCGAAACCGUCCAGGGCGGCGAGAAUGCCAUCAAGGGCCUCAACGGCAGGUUCUUCGGCGGACGCCAGAUCACAGCUCAGCCCGUCGUCGAUGCCGUUUACCGUAGCCUUUUCUCCAAGGCAGUCUAA